AUGGCCUCGGUCUCGGACAUCCCCACCACCCUUCCUGGUCACACCUCGCUUCAGGAGCACGACCCUGAAAUCUACGACAUUAUCCGCAAGGAGAAGGAACGUCAACGCUCGGGCCUCGAGCUCAUCGCCUCGGAGAACCUCACCUCCCGUGCCGUGCAAGAGUGCCUCGGCUCUUGCCUCACCAACAAGUAUGCCGAGGGCCUUCCCGGCGGCCGCUACUACGGUGGCAACGAGUACAUUGACAUGAUUGAGAACCUGUGCCGCGAUCGUGCUCUCGCUGCCUACAACCUCAACCCCUCAGAGUGGGGCGUCAACGUCCAACCUUACUCGGGCUCGCCAGCCAACCUCGCCGUCUACACGGCCCUCCUCCGCCCCCACGAUCGCAUCAUGGGCCUCGACCUCCCCUCCGGUGGCCACCUCACCCACGGCUACUACUCGUACUCUCCCCGCGAUGGCAGCACCAAGAAAAUCAGCGCCACCUCCGUCUUCUUCGAGUCCCUGCCCUACCAGGUGUCCAGCGAAACGGGCCUGCUCGACUACGAGGAGCUGCAGAAGCGUGUCGAUCUCUUCAAGCCCCAGCUCAUCAUCUGCGGUGGCAGUGCCUACCCCCGCGAUUGGGACUACAAGCGCUUCCGCGAGAUCGCCGACUCCUGCUCCGCCCUCCUCAUGUGUGACAUGGCCCACAUCAGCGGACUGGUCGCCACCCAGGAGGCCAACAACCCCUUUGAGUACUGCGACAUUGUGACCACCACCACCCACAAGUCAAUGCGUGGCCCCCGCUCCGGCAUGAUCUUCUUCAAGAAGGACGAUCGCGGCUUUGAGAGCAAGAUCAACUUUGCCGUCUUCCCCAUGCUCCAGGGUGGUCCCCACGAGCACCAGAUUGCUGCCGUGGCUACUCAGCUCAAGGAGGUUGCCUCCCCUGAAUUCAAGCAAUACAUCCAGCAAGUCAAGAAGAACUGCAAGGCCCUCGCGGCCGCCCUCGUCGAGAAGGGCCACGCCCUUGCCACGGGUGGCACUGAUAACCACCUCAUCCUCUGGGACCUCCGCCCCCACGGUGUCACCGGCUCCAAGAUGGAGAAGCUUUGCGACGCCAUCCACAUCACGCUCAACAAGAACGCCAUUCUGGGCGACCGCUCCGCCCUCGCCCCCGGCGCCGUGCGCAUCGGUGCCCCCGCCCUCACUACUCGUGGCUUCAACGAGGAGCACAUGAAGGUGGUCGCCGACUUUCUUGACCGCGCCCUCCGCGCCUGCAUCGACAUUCAAAACGAGGUCGGCAAGCCCCUCAAGGACUUCCUUCCCGCCAUCGAGAAGAGCGAGGUUGUGGCCCAGCUGCGCAAGGACGUCAACGCCUUUGCCUCACAGUUCCCUCUUCCGGGUGCUGAGAUGUAA